AUGAACCACACUUGCAUCUCACAAGCAGCAAACCUUACCACGAAUCCUCUCGGGGGUCAUCAGGUAUGGGAGGUGGUUCUGAUUGUGCUUGUGACUGGGCCUCUUUCUCUUAUUACCAUACUGGGCAACUCCUUGGUGCUCAUCUCCGUCCGAGUCAACAGUCAGCUACAGACCAUCAGUAACUACUAUCUUCUGAGUCUGGCAGUGGCAGACCUGAUCUUGGGUACAGUGUCAAUGAACCUAUAUACUGCAUACAUAAUCAUGGGCCGCUGGACACUGGGACAUCUAGCUUGUGAUCUGUGGUUGACACUUGACUAUGUAGCGAGCAACGCGUCUGUCAUGAACCUGCUGGUCAUAAGCUUUGACAGAUACUUCUCAGUCACACGGCCGCUGACUUAUCGAACAAAGCGAACUCCGAAGACAGCAGCUGCAUUGAUCGCUCUGGCAUGGGUGGUAUCAUUUGUGCUAUGGGGACCCGCUAUCUUGUUUUGGCCUCAUGUGGUGGGACGACCAUCUGGGGCUGAAGCCCAGUCGUGUUCUAUCCCGUUCUUGAAGGUUCCUCCUCUUACAUAUGGCACUGCAAUCGCUGCGUUCUACCUACCGGUCACGAUCAUGAUUAUUCUGUACUGGCGAAUUUAUUGGGAAAUCGAGAACAGGACGAAAGGACUCGCUGGUUUAGUGGGAUCUGUGAAAAACACUAGAGAUAUUCUGCAUGGGUUAGACAAACAAUCAGUGCACCAAACCAGUACCAAGAGCAACCCUGGUCGCUCAAUGGAAGAAAAAUCCAGAAAGGGACCAGCCAAAUCAGCUCAUGAGAAUUACAAGGAGUCUUACUGCAACAGCAGCUGGAACAUUGAAGAUGAGGAUGAUAGCGCCUUGUCCUCUUCCACAGACGAGGAACAUGAGCAGAACAUCAAGGCAAGAGCACCUUCAUCCAGUCCAACUGCGAUCGAGUUGAAGGAUCUCCGAAGUGGAUCAGAGGAUACCAAGGGUGUGCGAGAGUUCUCAUCAGCUCAGCAUCCCAGCAGACAGUCCCACUUAAAACCACCUCAAAAAUCAGACAACAGCAUUUGCCACCAGCUCAGAGCUAAACAUCGCAUUAAUAUGAUCAUUAAAGAGAAAAAGGCAGCGCGGACACUAAGUGCCAUCUUGUUGGCUUUCAUCCUCACAUGGACGCCAUACAACAUCAUAGUUUUGGCUUCCAUUUCAUACUGUGUGCCUGAAAAGCUCUGGCAGCUGGGAUACUGGCUGUGUUAUGUAAACAGCACCAUCAACCCCAUGUGCUAUGCCCUCUGCAAUGAGUCUUUCCGGGUCACCUUCAAGGCACUGCUACUUUGUCGCUGUGGAGAGAAACGAAAAUGGGAAACAAACAGCUUGAAUCGCCAUUCCUCUGUGAGGCAGAAUACAGCUUGUAGUAACAUGAAAUCUUUCACUUUAUGAUUUGUCAUUCUAUAGCAAGGGUGCUUU